AUGGCGGUGCCCACCGCCGUCACUGCGGGUCAGGGCGACGGCGAGACUAUGCUGUUGCAUGAGACGGUGCUUCAGUGGAACGAUGCUCUUCUCACCGCGACCUUCCGCCCGGCCCUAGCCAGUCUGGAUGGGACUGGGCUCGCAGCCAUUGAAGAUCGCUGCUUGCAGGCCCAGCAGUAUUUCGAUCGAUGGUGGAGCGCUCUGUUCAAGCAAUGCCGCUUGCCAUACGCUGCCGUGCAGUUCAAGGAUCGGCACGCCCUUCCUUUUCACGUGCACACCGUGGGCCAGGCUGGCCCCCAUGCCCAGACCGAUGUGCUCCUCCUCGCUUCGACCGCCGCACAAUGCCGGCUAUUCACGAUGCGCGAAGGCGUGUUGCUUUCCCGCUCCACCUUGCAGCCAUGUACUCUGGACAACCAUCACAAUUGGGGUGGACUGGCCAGCACCGACGAUGAGCAAAUUGCCUUGCGAUGGACCAGCACAGGCUUGAUAGAGGCUUUCGAUUUAGAGACGGGCACCCGCUUGGCGCAGCUGGCCCCAAUGGUCAUUGAUGAGCGAAGCGUGGCUGAAACGAGCCGCUCCGACCAACCUUUACCCACACACCACGAUGGUUGCCUGGUGGAUGUCCACGGUCUCACCGUCCAGCGCGGUGCUCACGCCCGAUACCUACUUUGCUCCCUGCGCUACAACGGUAUUCUUGCCGUGCACGCCCUUACCCCGGGCGCCGUUGCCUUACGCACCGAGCUUCUUCACACAAUCAAUCUGCACCACCUUGGGUUGAGUACGGUUGGGCGCCUGACCAUGAAUGGUCCCACCCUGACCCUUUAUGGCUUUUCCCAUGAUGGGACUCUCGUGGUGCGCCGAGGCCGCCUCGUGCAACAAGCUGGGCGAGCCGAGCUCGAGCUCCGCGACCCGGAAGCCGUCAUGCCCUCAAAUGUUCUUCGCCGUCAGCUGACACCGCAGCUCAUUCUCUCCUACUGCCGCACAGAGCAGGCUGAACUUCUUCUUCUGCAGGAUGGCACACUGCUGAUCCUCAAGGGCUCCGGCUCGGCUCAGCACGUUGAUCUCUUGCGCAACCGAGCCACCUGCCACCUACCCCAUGUGGAGCCCCUCGAACGUGACCACAGCUGGGCUGGUCCUCUUCAACUGUGCCCCGCUUUUGGCGAUCUCCUCGCCGUCACGUUUGCAUCGGGUGGCUGUAAACUUUUCUCGCUGCCUGCCCUGUUGACAUCAAAUGCAACGCUCUACGAAGCCCUGGACCUGGAUGAUGGAUUCUUUGUGCUGCCCACAGGGAAGCAGUCUGAUCACUUGUGCACUUUUGCCGUGCGAGACCCAGUACUCGUGAACAACGCCACACACCAGCAGCAGGCUGCCGCCCUGGAUCCAGAGCAGAGCCUUUGGCGUCUUCCCAAUUGGAUUGUUGAUCGCAGCUUUGAUUAUAGCUUCACGGCUCAGCUGCACGCACAGGUCAUCAGUCGCGUGACCCUUGCGGAGCUUCUUCGGCGCAAGAUUGCUCAGAACCAGUUCUCAGAAGCUCUGCAACUCGCACGCAUGCACGAUCUGCCGACUGACGACAUUUACAAGCUGCAGCUGAACUUGCAUGAUGUCCGUGGCUACCAAAUUCAGGACAUGGUGACGCACAUCACGGACAAGCUCUGGGUUUGCCGCUUCCUACAACGCGCCGAGUUUCAAAGCAUUGCAGAUGGCCUCGAGCUCUACGCACAUGGCCUCCAACUGUCUCGGCGUCAGGAGGCGGUCCCCUCGAGUCAUGACUGGAGCGCACAAUUUACGUUGCUCUCCGCUCGCCUGCGCACGCAUCAACUUGUCCUUGAGGCUCUCAAUGACGACUUUGAUUACGCCCGCUUCAUCGCCUGGCUGGCCACACCUCUAGCCCAGCUGGCCGCCCAGGCAGCAGCCCGGGGGCAGGUUGACGUCUUGCACAUCCUGUUUGUGCGCCAUCAAGCCUGCCUGGCCGAGCAUCUGCCGCUAGUGCUGAAGCAACUCCCUCUGGUUAUGAAUCCAAAACAUGCCGAGCGCCUCAUGCCACGCAUUUCCCGUGAUGGACAAAAUUCUAUUGAGUUUGUCAAAUACAAGCCAUGGGCUGAGACCGAGGACGCCCCGCCGCUUGUACCCUCCACGCGUGCUGCCUUGUCACAACACGACCUCUUAGCCGGAUGUGUUGACGACUUUCAGGCUACACACCUCCCGCCCCUGACCGAGAUUGAAUCUUUCUUUCGGGCACGAGUACACGCUCUUGAUGACGCGUGCCUUGUGCAGUUGGCCUUCACUUGGGCUGCAAUGGCUGUCGGCCGAGGCUUCACUGGACUGGAAGCCGACCUCACAGCUCUGCAGCUUGUUGCCGCAUUGGUGGCCGAUGACAAGCCUGGGGCAGUGAUCCGCAAUGCCCAGGAAUUUUCCGGGGCCAGCGCCGGCACCGUAGUCACGGCGCUGCUUCCUACGCCGGCCAUCAUUGAAAAUUCCGAACGCUGUGGUCUUGAACUCCAGCAACGCUUACUGCCUUGGUUUGAAUCCUCCCUGCAUGGCGGCAAGGCAGCCCUGUCCAAACAGCACGCAAUGGCUGCUGCUAUCGAGACACACACACAGCGCAUUCCCUUGUGCCAGGCGCUCGCCGAUGCCAAGUUGGUUCGCCGUCUUUUUCCAGACACCAAGUGCCGCACGCGGCUCUACCAGCAAGUCAUACUUCAUGAUAUCGUGCCCGAGAACAAGUGGGAAGAGUUGGCCGUAGUUGCAUUUGAAGAGGACGAAGCACGUGCACACUGGCAGCAUGUGGCCGAAUGCGCUGCCAUGUUGGCAGAGCUUGGCCAGUGCGUCAGCGCCAACACCGUGCGUGGUUGGCAGCAAAGCCCAGCAUCGCAGCAGGAAAUGCACCUCACCCGUCUACUUCGACUUUCCAUGGGCUCCGCUCUCUCCUGGACCGCGCGCUAUGAACGCUUGGAGGUUUUGCGUCAAAUUGUGUUUGCCUCCGUGCCUGCGAGCCACUUGGAUGCACGGGUGGUAGAAUUGGCGCUGAUGGAUGGCAGCGCCGAUGGUGCGCAGUUGGGUCAGCUUUUGUUGCCCUUUGCCACCAAUUCCUCUGCCCCCUCUGUGAUUGGUGAGGGCAGCUCGAGCCAUGAAGCCGGGACAACAGCACGCUCGCUCUUCGAGCGCUCAUGGCGAACUGCGCAGCGUUUGGGGGCAGCAGCGCGUCAGGGCGUGCAUCGUGCCCAUCGUGACUCUGCACCAGCCAAUGAUGAGGCAGAGGCGGAGGCGGAGGCUGUCCAGGUCAAAGAGCAAACGCGAAUGACGCGUGAACAAGGUGCACAAGCCAUUCUGAAUGCUGUGAGUGAGCUCGUCAGCUCGGCCUCUGAUUUUGACCAACCUGACGUUAAGCGAGCAGAAGCCUUGCUGGCUCUGGCCCCCGCAUCGGAGCCAGCUAUUCAGGCUUUUCGAGGUCUUGUGCAGGGAUUCCGUCUGCUUCGCCAGUAUGGUUUUCAAGCCUUCCCCCACGAUGUCUUGGCGGCAACCGAUCGCAUGCACUUCCUGUUGGAGGCCAUCGAGCAAGGGCAUUUGUCACCACGCACACCACAACAUGCUCUUAAAGUGGCGCAGUUGAUCGGCCUGGACCGCCACGACGAGUUGCAUGUGGCAUUGGCGCGCAAGGCCUUGACUUCAGGAGAUGUGAUGACGGCCGUCACUCUCUUGCCUGCCAGCUGCGAAGAUUGGGAGUUUUUGACGGACCUGGCCCACGGCUUGGUGGCGGAAGCGCCACGCGAGGCCGUGCCAAUUCUGGCUCGCGCGCUGCUGCUGGCCCCGGCUGCUCAAGUACGGGAACUUGUGCGCCUGCAGCACCGCGUGGACGCCACCUUGCUCGGCCCCAAAGGGCGUCCAGUGGCGACGUUGGACCGGUCCACACCGAAAGGACUUUGUGAUGCCAUGCGUGCGGCGUCUGCGGAGGACUGGUUAGCCUUUGCAACCCACAUGUUUUCCAGUGAUCCAGCCGCAGCACUGGCUGCAUUGUGUGAGCACGGCGAUGCAUCUGCCGCGCAAGACUGCUGGUUCGAGCUAUGCCGUGGGGCAUCUGAGCUCAAAUGGGCCUUGGUUGGAGCGGCACGCCUGCACACGCCACAGGAUCACGACCUUUUUGCCUGGGCUCGCCACCAAAAAGAGGCGUCGCGCACCGAGGAUUUAAUAGCGCAAUACCUGCCAGAUCUUCAGGAGCGUGCUCAGCGCGAAUCCAAAGCGGAAAUGGUUGCAAGCUUGCUGGCUCAGCAUGGCACGGCCACGGCCGCCUCGCAGGACGUGUUGGUGCUGGCGCAGCUUUUGUUGUCAGAGGAGAAUGUUUCCCGUGCUGUGCAGGGGGUUGUUGUGGCGCACUGCAAAGAAAACACGCGUUCUGCGGCGCCUCUCAUCGCGCGAUUUGCCCAGAGCACUACCCUUGCGCAGGCUCAGGAGGCUGCGGAAAGGCAUGGGCUGGAUGCGGCCAGCUAUGUGCGGCUGCUUGAGCAGAUGAACACCGACGACAGCGUGGCAUCUGAGGUUUUGGCUCGAGUUCUGGUGGACGUGUGCUCGCGAGACAGCCCUAGCGUGGAUGAGGAGGGUCGAUUGAAUGACGCUUUUUUGCGCAGCUGGGAGGAAUGCAUGCGCUGGCUCAACGCACAAGGCUCGUCGGUCCUGGCCGAGGUGGCGCAAGAGCUGAAAGCGCUGCCAGAUGCAUCACUUCUUGAGUUGUACAAAAGCGACAUCAGUGCGCAGGGCGUGCUUUGUGUCUUGGUGGAAUGCGCCGCUCGACUAGAUUUGGACGUGUCUGCCAAACUGUUACAAAAACUGGAGAGCGAGCACGGCAAGCGGGCGGGUGAGAUGAGCCAGUGUGUUCGGCACACACAGCUAGUCGCAGCCUUGUUGCGACGACUUCAGGAGGCGGACGAGGAUGCAAGUGUGGCAGCUGGAGUCUUGGGACGGGUUCUACCUCUGGUCGCAGAAUGGGACGCGUUGUGCUACAAUCUGGUGACUACCGAGCCGCGCUUGGUCAGGCUAUACGCGACACCUUUGCUCGAGGUGCUCCCAUUGUCUGCGGCAAACCAGGUGGCCGUUGGCCUGGCAAACGAAGACGAGCCUUUGCUGACCGAGUGGCCGGAGACACUGCAAGCCUGGGCCGAAAGACAAUUGGCAGCUGCCGUCAACUGGGCACAACGGGUGCAAGUGAUGGAACGCGCAGUGGCAGUAGCCCAGCGGUGGGGUGCGCAGCAUGCAGUGUUGGUGUUUAAGGAGUGCCAGGCUUGGGCAGCUUGGGGUCGGCGGCAAUCCGAGCCUGAGCCACAGAGUGAUGGUCUGUGUUGGGCAUUCUUGGCUGAAUUGACCAGAGCAGGCGGGUGUGUAGACAGCGAAGCUGCUGGGAGUGUGGAGCCGAGCUCUGACACCCAAGCCUCGACUGCUGCUCUAUCCCGGGCGCUGAGCGAUUCAGACUCAGCAAGCGCUGCGUCAAGUGCGUGCCAGCUGUGCUGGGCGGCAUGGCAGCUGCGCUCGGCGGAGGCAAGACUGGCCUUGGUUGUUCCCUCGGGCAGGAACGCACGGGCUGCACUGGUGGACGCUUGGGUCGACUUGUGGUCUGAUUCGCCGUGUAGCGGUGAGUCUGAGCUUGCAAGCUAUCUACGUGCGCGUGUGCACACCACACGGCGUGAACUGGUCGAGGCGCUGUGGCAACAGGGACAGGAGCCGUUGGUCGUGACGAUGGUGCCACGACUUGCCGGGCGCUACAUCUCGCCCUCAUUACUGUCCAUCAAAGGUGCAUUGGCUCUCCUGCGCCAUGACCCGGUUUUUGUUGACGAGCGAUGA